AUGGCCAAAUAUGAACAAGUUCUUGUUUUGGAAGUAGCUUCCGCCAAAGACAAAAAUGCUGACACAGAAGGAGGAAAGUACAGAAGAGACACACCUUGGCUGGUUGAGGCUUUCCGUCAAAAGGGAGUUAAAUCCGAAGUUCUUUUCAUCACCAAAAAUGACACAGCAGAAUCUCUUAUCCAAAAACACCCCAAAACAGCAUUCCUAGGCCGCGUGAAUCCGAUGGAUUACGAAGAGAUAAGUCUCGACGAAUAUUUGAAAGUAUUGCACGGCUUGAAAAAAGCUGGCGUUUUACUUGGUCCAGAUGCAGAGCAUAUGGAUCGUUUAGGCAGCAAGAUGAUUUUGUAUGAGUUGAAAGAUACUUCUAUGGGCGUCGAUGGUGUUCUACUCCAUCAUUACGAAUGCAUGAAAAAGAAUGAUGGUGAAAUUGAUCGAAUCAUACCAGUUAACGGACCUCCAAGAGUUCUUAAAAUGCUUCGUGGAUCAACAGGCCUGGGUGUCUGGAAGUUGGAGAACACAGAAGGUGAUAAAAUUCUCUUUACUGAUGCUUACACUCAAAACUCUGAAGUGAUUGAAAGAAAAGAUGUUAUUCCUAAGUUUUUAGCUGUUUGCCAAGAAGAUGCAAUCAGUAUGCCCUUCUUGCCACUGAUCAAAGAUGGUGAGUUUCGAUUCUUGAUGUCACGUCAUGCCCUCCUUGAAAUAGUUCAUAAGAAACCAGUUGACGCAAGUGCAUUCACUGCUACUCUUCGUUCUGGAGCUGUCUACACAACAUACGAUCCAAAAGUGCACACGAAGAUGGCUGAUGCUGUCGUGCAAUGGUCUCAUGACAUCAAGAAUGUUCUGAAAAUAGACGAUGUUCCAUAUUGGUGGUCUGUUGACUGCAUUGAGGAGGAAGUUAAGGAAAUGAAGCCUACUGAUAUUCCCAGCUGCAAUCCAGGCAGGAGACUGGUCCUCUCGGAAAUUAACUGCAGUUGUUUGGGACUUGUAGCCGACACAUCUGCAGAAGCAAAGGCCAAAGGAAUGAAAUUUGCUCAAAUGAUUGCUGAUAUUGUUUUGGCUUAA